AUGGUACGUGACGUGAUUAACUUUUGCCGCUUUGGCUACGUUCUAAUCCUUGCAAGUUUUUUCCUAAUGAUUUGGAUUUCGUUAACUGGGGCGCGUGAAAUAGAUUUAGUGCGUUAUCCUUCCUGUUAUUUUAAUUCACUGUGUGCAUGUUCAAAAAGUGGCCCCGAUUUAGGCAUAGUUAGGUGUCAAAACAUCCACUUGCCCCGAAUUCCAGAAACUGUAAAUAUCUCCAAAGUGUUUAUGCUACACCUGGAAAAUAACAAUUUGAAAGUCCUUGAGCCGUAUUUUUUGCAAAGUACAGGGUUGUAUAAAAUUGUGAUAAGCAAGAAUCCUCUAUCAUACAUUCCUGAUGAAACAUUUCUGGGGCUUGAACGGUCCUUGUGGGAAUUAGACCUGAGCCACAAUCAAUUAACACGUGUUCCAAACCGCGCAAUACGAUAUUUACGAAAACUGAGAUAUUUAAACUUGAGAGGGAACAAUAUUGCAAGGAUAUCGCCCGAAAAUUGGAGAGGACUUGAGAACUCUCUCACAACUUUGAUUCUCACUGAUAAUUACAUUACCCAUUUGCCGACCGACUCAUUCUCUGGUUUACCAAUGGUUGAGACAAUCGAUUUGAGAGGAAACAACUUGAAAGAAAUCGAUCCUUCGGUUUUCAGAGAUGGCAUGGGCCGAUUAUCUAAUCUGAUCCUAGCCGAUAACCAACUAUCCGCAAUUCCGUACCAAGCGCUCUCAUUUUUAAAAUCCUUGCGGGAAUUAGAUUUGAGUCACAAUAAAAUUAAUACGAUGCAACCGGCAGCAGACGUGGGAGUUCAAAACGUGAAUUACAAUUUCCUCUUCAAUUUGGAUUCGUUAAGACUUGACUAUAAUCAAAUAACAAUGCUGAGGGCCGCCUCCUUCCAGUACUUCAACGUCUUGAACAGGACGUACUUGGACGGCAAUCCCCUGAGCCUUGUUGAGGAAAAUGCGUUCAGACAAGCGAAAAUCAAAGAACUGUACUUGAGAGAUUGCGGUUUGACGGAAAUAUCUCCGCUGGCCUUUUCCGGCCUGGAGAAUUUUCUCGAAAUUUUGGACCUCUCGGGUAACCACAUUUCGUCGCUUUCUGACGACGUUUUCCAACGACUGGAGCUGCUGAAAACGCUGUCGCUGCGCGAAAACACUUUGAAACAAUUAAACGCCGUGCAGUCACUCAAUGGGGCCCGCUUUUCCCUUUACCAUCUCGAUUUGAGUGGAAAUGAAAAUGCCCCAGUCUCGCUCCAAGAACUGAAAAAGCUCCGCAAUUUGAGAAUCUUAUCACUGUCUCGCUUAUCUCAACCGAGUCUCUCUGCGGACGAUUUCCGCGAUUUUGGAAUCGAUUUGGAAGAACUGCACGUUACCUAUGGGGGGCUUCAAACAAUCAAAAAUAACGCGUUUAAAUACGUCCAUGCUUUGAAAAAAUUACAACUUUCUGAUAAUGUCAUUUCAAGCAUCGAAAGCAACGCUUUUGUUGAUAUUGGUGAUUCGUUACUGACGUUGAAACUAACCCAUGCUCUGUCCUCAUCGGUCCAAAAUUUUCCAAGUGACGCUAUAAAAAUUUUAAAUCGACUGGAAGAGCUCGACUUGAGCAACAACCGGCUCAGGAACGUCCCGGACAAUUCCUUCCACUUCCUGAGAAGUUUGAAAAAAGUGCACCUGCAGGACAACACCAUUGAGAUGAUCCACAGAGGGACGUUCCAGGGGGACAUUCACCGCGAUUUGACCGAAGUCUAUUUCUCGUUUAACAGCGUUCGGAACGUCCAACAACACACAUUUGCCGAUCUAAUCCAACUCGAGCAAAUUCACUUGGACGACAACCGAAUCGAAAGUCUAGAACGACGCGCUUUCAUGAACCUGAAAAGCCUGAAGCGACUGAACUUGAAAGGCAACAAAAUCGCCACAAUCGCGUACGAAACUUUCCAGAAUUUGCCCGAACUUGAGGACUUGGAUUUGGCCUACAACAGCAUCAGUAGUCUUGAUUUUAACAUUUUCGACCAAGUGGGGUCGCUGGGAAUGUUUCAUGUUAACAUGAGCCACAAUAAACUGAUCAAUUUGGUUGUUGCUCCUUCGGUGCCGUUUGAACAAGAUACAGGGCUUGGCGGCUUGCAGAACAUCAAAGUGUUGGACUUGUCGUUCAACAACAUCACGUCGGUCGCCAAACAGUUCUUCAGGCCGGUUGAAUUGUCCCUAAUGCAGCUUUACCUCGGGCAUAACAAACUUUUAAACGCCACUAAGGACCUUUUCGGGAACAUGCCCCACUUGCAAGUGCUCGAUUUGUCACACAAUUCUUUGUACGAACUGGACUUUGACACUUUCAGGAAUACGAAAAAACUUCAGUGGCUUGAUACGUCCCAUAAUCGCAUUUCCGAGAUCCCAAACGACUUGUUUCGGUUUUUGGGCAACUUGAGGAUUGUUGAUUUUUCUCAUAAUAGACUGCGAUCCCUACCUGACAAUUUAUUCAGAGAGACGGGCCUUGAACGCUUGGAUGUGUCACACAAUUUACUGGGCAAAUUACCACUUACAAGUCUUUCGCUUGCGUCGGCUCAAACUUUAAGCGAGCUGGACUUGUCCUGGAACAGCAUUUCGUCCUUAUCUCACGGUGGACAAUUAGCGCGGUUUAAAUGCCUCUCCUGGCUGGACUUGUCUUAUAAUCGGUUGGGUCAGAUCGAUGCUGGGACUUUUAAGGGCAUCCCGAGGCUGGCAAGCCUCAAUUUGGGUCACAACAGCCAACUCACCUUAGAAAUAAACGGUUUGAGCUUCCAGGGAUUGGAGUACACCCUCCUCCAUUUGAAUCUGGACAACGUUUCGUUGUCCCAGGUGCCAGCACUAUCAACGCCUAAUCUACUUUCACUAUCACUUGCUUUUAAUUCUUUACCAACUGUUGCACUUGAAGUAGCAGGGAACAUAUCAUCGCUGCGGUAUUUAAAUUUGGAUUAUAAUGACUUGAGUGCUGUUCCAAUAGUGACACACUCUUUGACCGAAUUGAGGCAUUUGUCACUCGAGGGGAAUCCCAUCACGACUUUGAGCAACACGAGUUUGCUGGGAGCCGCGAAUCAGUUGGAAGAACUCAACUUGAAAAACAUCGACUUGACGGUUUUGGAAUCGGGCGCUUUUUGCAAAAUGCAGCCUUUGAGGACACUCAAGAUUGGCGUUUACCGCAAUAUUAAAAACUUUAACAUACCGUCAAUUUUGCAAUUUAAUGAUGGACUCAAGAAUUUGGAAAUUCACGUGACUAAAGACACCGAUACUUUAGACAAUGAGAUGCGCGGGGCUUGGCCCUUGAAACUGCAAAACCUGACUUUGAGCGGAAAAGGCUUGAAGAAAAUCACGGGAAAAAUGUUUCAGGGGGUUCGAAGUCCGACUUUUCAUCUAACUGUCCGUAACACCAGCAUUAUUAAAAUCCCUUUUGACGUUUUCCGCAACAUGUUGCCAGUGAGAAACGUGAGUGUCGACGUUCGGGAUAAUAUCCUUCUGAAGAAUUUGCAAAAUCCGUCAACUGGGUCCAAACCUGGCAAGCCUAGGUCGGCGUUUUUGACCGAUUUGAAACUGAUGGGCGGAAAAUGGUCUUGCGAUUGUGAUUUGGGGUGGGUUGAAGUUUGGGAGAGGAAACGGCGGCAAUAUUUAUGCCCCAGUGUUGCUUCGAGUCUCGAUUUUGAGGAAUAUAAUUGUAGGCACACUGAUGAUGGUCUUAGGAACACGUUGUGUGCGAAUAAAAAUAACCGGAGUUUGGUUGAAGUUCUUAAGAGUGAUAUUGAGUGUGGUUGGAGUAAAGCUUCGAUGGAGAAAUUGAUGAUUUGGCUCGUUGUACUUUGCCAAAUUGUUGUAAACUUUGUUUAGGAUUAAUGCCUUAUGUGUUCGCUGUUGCACAUCCUCGACUUGAAACGAAUAAACUACUUUAGACGUGUUUUAUUUGGUAGGUACAUAAUACAUUCCCUGAGCAACUUAUCUAGUUACACUAAAAUAAUUAUGUACAUCGAAUUGAAUGAGAAAAAAUGGUAUUUACAAAAAAGCAUGUAUGUAGUUCAGUACUUUAUUGUACACUUUUAAAUAAAUUAUAAAUAAAUAUAGUACCCAAAU